UGUUACUCAAUUUCCUUAUCCAAUAUUAUCUUUACCAUUUUCUAUUACAUGCAAUAUGAAGUGGAUGUAAUUAGUUAAUCAACAAAGAAUUAGCCUGUGAGUAAACUACUGGUUUCUUCAUCGUAGAAAGGUAAUCUUGUGCUUCGUCAUACUAAGUGAAAAAAGCAGAAUGUUUUUAAAGCAGCUAGCUGGUUUGUUGAAACCUUCGUCGCUAGCAUCAUUCAUUGAACCCUUCAAAACUGCUCCUCCAACUACUUGGUGGAACAAUGCUGCUGCGUUCGCAAAUCUUCGGUUUAAUAGCUCUACCGCGAUAGCUUCCCUGUCGGAUAAGAGCACGAUUGAUUCUGUCAACAAACAGCUAAAAACAGGCUCGGAAGGACGAUUGUUCGCGGUCGUUCAACUGUGCGGCAAACAGUUCAAAAUAACCACCGGGGACAUAAUAGUGGUUGAAGGUUAUUGGCCUCCAGAAAAUGGUGACCGUUUGCGGUUGGAUAAGAUCCUGCUUGCUGGCGGCAAAGAUUUCUCACUGAUCGGUCGGCCGCUGCUCGCUCCUGGGCUUGUUGAUGUGCAGGCCACCAUUAUUGAGAAAACGCUAUCCCAUACUCGUACACACUUCCGCAAGAAGCGCCGAAAGCAGUACAUUCGUAUCAAUUUCUAUCGCACUCAGCAAACGAUGAUACGAAUCAAUUCGAUCGAUGUCACCAGACAACUGAACGAAGCAAGCGGAUCAGAAGUAAAUGAAGAUAGGUUCUUUUAAUGUUAUGUAGAGUGCAUUUCAAUGGCAAUUGUAGCUGCUGCGAAAUAGACAACCAGGGAAAU